AUGAAGAUUGAAGAAGUUCGUAGUACAUCAAAGGCGCAGCGUAUAGCAGCUCAUACACACAUUAAAGGACUGGGUUUGGAUGAAAAUGGGAUCCCGUUACCCACAGCUGCUGGUUUAGUCGGUCAGGAGUGUGCCCGUGAAGCUGCUGGUAUUGUUGUAGAGAUGAUCAGAUCUAAAAAGAUGUCCGGACGGGCUGUUCUUAUGGCUGGGCCUCCCGGAACGGGGAAGACCGCGAUUGCCUUGGCUAUCGCUCAGGAUUUAGGGAGUAAAGUCCCAUUCUGUCCGAUGGUCGGGAGUGAGGUAUACUCAUCAGAAAUUAAAAAGACAGAAGUGCUGAUGGAACACUUUCGACGAGCCAUUGGCCUUGGAAAAACAAUCAGUCACGUCAUCAUCAGCCUACGCACAGCCAAAGGUGUCAAACAACUGAAGUUAGAUCCGUGCAUUUACGAAAGUCUUCAGAAAGAACACGUAGAAGUUGGUGACGUUAUAUAUAUUGAGGCAAAUUCGGGAGCUGUCAAAAGACAGGGACGGUGUGACGUUUACACUGCGGAGUACGAUCUUGAAGCUGAUGAAUAUGUUCCUUUGCCUAAAGGAGAAGUUCAUAAAAAGAAAGAAGUUGUUCAAGAUGUUACGUUACAUGAUCUCGAUGUGGCUAAUGCACGUCCUCAAGGCGGCCAAGAUAUAGUUUCUAUGAUGGGCCAGUUAAUGAAACCAAAGAAAACGGAAAUCACAGAUAAAUUGCGCAAAGAAAUAAAUAAGGUUGUCAAUAAGUACAUUGAUCAAGGAAUUGCUGAACUUGUUCCCGGUGUGCUGUUCAUCGACGAGGUCCACAUGCUAGAUAUAGAGUGUUUCACUUAUUUGCAUCGUGCCUUGGAAUCGACUAUCGCUCCGAUUGUAAUUUUUGCAACGAAUCGCGGCAAGUGUACCAUUCGUGGCACGGAAGAUAUUGUAUCUCCACAUGGUAUUCCAUUGGAUCUGCUGGACCGCGUCAUGAUUAUUCGCACACUACCAUACUCUUCAGAUGACGUGAUUCAAAUCUUGCGCAUCCGAGCACAAACAGAAGGGAUCAAAGUAUCCGAACCAGCUUUCACUCGUCUGGCGGCUGUCGCGACCGACACCACAUUGAGAUACGCUGUACAACUUUUGACCCCAUCCUCGAGGAUUGCACAACUUGCCGGUCGUGAUGAGAUCGAGCCUUCAGAUAUCGAAGAAGUGUGCUCACUGUUCCUCAAUGCGAAACAAUCUGCCAAGAUUCUCAUGGAACACGAAAGCCAAUUCAUGAAAUAA